CUGAAGUGAAAACCCUCGGUUCUGUCUAACAUACGCAUUUUCUUCAGAAACCCUAACUCUCUCUCUUCCCUCCCAACCCACACAAGACUAGGGUUUUGGGAUGUCUUACAUAUCUGAUAUUGGAAUAUGAAUACAAAAUCUUGAAGCUAAGUCGUCUGAUUAUACAUAGGAAGUACUGGAUCUCCUACUUAUUUUUUUGGAAUGCGAUGACUGAAAGUGUUCGGAGGCGGAGUUCUAAGUGGGAUUUGAAAGAAGAUCCGGACCAUUUUCCUACAGAAAUUAGGCAAGGCAGUGGGUGGUCUGGAAGAGAAUCUAGAUCAGAGUGGAAAGUUUCUAAAGGCCUAAACAGUCAUGACCCGAAGUGGUCUAGUAUGGAAGCAAGAAGUGUUUCAAGAAAUGAAGGUAAUUCUAGAUGGUCAUCGUCGUUGGAACCGACAUCACGAAACAGAGGCAUAGAAAUUUACGAGUUUGACAAAAGAGAUUAUAAUGAUAUGUCGAGAACCAUGGCGCUCGAUGGUGAUCGAAGUUACAGUUUGAGUAUGUCUCCUGGUCUUGAUGGGUGGAGAGAAAAGAAUCGAAGUCGUUCUCCUAAGGGUGGUUGGAGCAGGUCGCACAGGAGCAGGAGCAGGAGCCCGCCCCAUGGUUAUAGGCGCGACUUAGAGGGAUCUAAUGGUGGGAGAAGAAGUGGAUCACAUAUAUGCGGCGAGUUUGCAGAAGAGAGGAGUAUACGUGGCAAUAGUCACAGGUUUCUUCAUCAAGAUAUUCAGGACACCUAUGAGCAUAAUGGUAGAAGGCAUCCGGGAAGAAGCCCAGGAAGGGGUGGAAGUAAGCAUGAGAAGGGUGGAAUAAGGAACGCUUACACAGAAGAACAAAUGGAUCGUCCACGGGAUAAGAUUUCCCGUGGGUAUGAGGAUGUUUAUCAUCGCGAUUUGGAGAAGAGUGAGAUACUGAGGAGCAACAACAUAUCCUCGGAUCGGCCCUGUAUCGAUUUUUUGGAAGGAAACUGCCGCAAGGGUUCAUCUUGCAGAUACCCUCAUCAUGGUGCUCCAUCAGAAGGCCGUGGAAUAAGAGUAAGGGACCUUGAUAGGAAGGAGACUACUGUAUUUUAUGGACAUGACAAUAAGCGCGAAUCACAAAGGCUCUGCAAAUUUUAUGCUGCAGGCUAUUGUCGCAAUGGAGACAGUUGCAGAUUUUCUCACGAGGGUGCAGCUCGAGGUAGUCCUGAAGGGAGGUCACGUGAUGAUAGACGGGGGCAUGAUUUGGAUCAUGAGAAUAGGUUGCAGGGAGGUUCAAAAUGGAGUGAUAAACAACCGGCAGACUCGGCAUAUGAUGGUCCGGAUGCACGGUCAGUUACUGAGAAACUAGUUCAUCAUCUGAGUGAUGAGAAUAGAUCUUGGGGAGGUCCAAAAUGGAGUGAUAUUACUGAUAGCCAUAGUGCUGGUAACGAAAGAAGAUCAUCCAGAGGUUCUAAGUGGAGUGACAGAGAUGCUGUUCCAGAGGAGAAGUCAAAUGUUUGGGGGAAUGACAAUGUUGGUGAAAAGAUAGGUGUUGUUGAUCCAAGGUCUAAGGAGAGGUCUUUCAAUAGUCAGCAGAGCCACUUGGAUAAUGCAAGUAGAACAUGGGGAGGUCCAUCACGGGAUGAUAAGCCAAUAGAUUUUGCCCUCCACAAAUCUCCUCAAUGGAUAAGUGAUAACAGUGGUGGGAGCAUGGGUUUUGAAGAACCAAAGGGUAGUGGGAAAUUUCUUGCAUCUGAAUCAAUGAUUUCUACGAGGGAUAUAGAGCAAUACUCUCUCCCGAUUAAUGACAGUAGGGGACACAAUCAAGAUUCACAAUCCCACAUCACUAAUGAGAUGUCUAUCAAAAUUGGCAAACCUGAUGCAACACAAGAAGUCUCAGCUCAACCUCUUUCAAGCUUCAAUAUGAAUAUACAAAGUCAAACAGUAUUACCUACUCAGCCUUUCAACAUGAAUGGUGGAACUCAGCAGCAGUCUUCAAAUCCAUACAGUCGAACACUUCCCCAACACGUAGAACCAAUAAAAAAAUCAGAUCUUGUUGAUCCAAGAUUGAUGUUACAGCAGGUAACAUCUGGGACUUCUAUGAUGCAAAACGUAUCUAGUAAUGAGACGGUAGCACAGCUAACAAACCUUUCAGCGUCAUUGGCUCAGAUAUUUGGAAAUGGUCAGCAUCUUCCACAACUGUAUGCAGCUCUGAACCCUAGCACUUCAGGUUUGGUGUCUUCACACCCUAUUGAACCAACCCAAGUAAUUGCUCUACAACCCCUCAUUCAGCUCAAUCAAACUACUCCAUGUGAAAAGCAGUAUGAUCCUAUUAAUGACAGCAUCGACCAGACCGAUGUUGCUGGUGGAGGUUCUCAAUCCCCUAUGAAAAGUAUUGUUCCAUCGUCUACUGCUGCUGAUCCUAGUGGGGGUGAUCCUCCAAAGAUUAGUAGUUUGGAGGAAAAAGUAAAUGCGAGUAACGAGUUGAAACAGCCUGAGAAAGUCAUGGAUAAAAAAGAGGAAACUGUGCAGAUAGAUGCAGAUGGAGAUGGUGAUGGAGACAAUCAGGGGGAUGAAGAAGGUAAAAAAAGCAAGGAUCCCAAGGGGAUGCGGGUGUUCAAAUUUGCACUCGUGCAGUUUGUGAAGGAGAUUCUGAAGCCCACAUGGAAAGAAGGGCAAAUGAGUAAAGAGGCUCACAAGACUAUAGUGAAGAAGGUGGUUGAUAAAGUGACUAGUACAAUCCAGGCUGCUCAAAUCCCACAAACACAGGAGAAAACUGAUCAGUAUUUGUCUUACUCAAAACCCAAGCUUACCAAACUUGUACAGGCAUAUGUGGAAAAACAUUCGAAGACUUAGACAUGCUUGAAACAUCUAGUGUUUAUAAUCUUGUAUCAAUCAAAUGAUUACCCAGCAGAUUUGAGUUUUGCCCCUCGAGAUUUUCCUGUACAAUUAGUUUUUCCGUUAGCUCUAUAAUUGGAGCUCAUUAUAUUUGAGUAUCUCUUGUUUACUUAUAUGUUGCUGGUAAUCAUGUCAGAUUUAGUAGCAUAUCUCCUGAGUAUAGAUACUUUUUAACAAUCUUUCUUUGUUAUGUACUAUAUGCUGAAAAGUUGCAGUCUGAAGAAAGUGGGUGAACAUUCUUUUCUACGCUCUUUUUUCCCUCGAAUCUUGAAUCGGGUAGAACACUUCUUAUGGAGGCUUCUGCUACAUCAUCAGGAGAUUUUAGGUUUUGUUCCUGGACAAGCAGUGUGUCAUCGUGGUAGCCUGUAUGGUGCCAGGGCAACUACAUCAGGGCAUAAGACUAACUUACUUCUGUGAUGCAUAAGUAUUCAGUAACGAUGGGCAUCUCCUGGGUGGGUGUAUGCUACUGAUUCGCAGGAUCCAGUUUGAGUGGUCGGCUCCAGGUAUACUUUGGUGGAACAAAGCAGUUGAUUACCAUUGCAUAGUGACUUGAGGAACAAGGGUUGGUUCGGCUGCUUUGUGCCUUCUACUACUUCUAUGGCUGCUUUGUGCCUUCGACUACCUCUAACUAGACUUCUUUGGCUUAGAAGAAACUGAUUGUGUUUUGGCAAUAAUAUUGAAUCCUAUAAGAACUCCCUCUAAUUCCAUAUCAUCCACCGACUGUUUUGGCAACAAUAUUGUAUCCUAUAAGAACUCCCUCUAAUUCAUUAAGUAUUUUAAUUUGUUGAUUAGGUCAAA